CAUUAAACUUUCCAGAGCACAUCACAACUGUAUUAUUGUAUGAUUCACGGCGUAAAAGUCGUAGGAUUCGCAAUUGUUGAAUUUAUUUAACCUUGUGUGUAUAAUAUUGAAGCUUCAUUGCCCAAGUACCCCCAUGAAAAGUUGACUUGACAAUGCCAUCAAGGUACCAUGGAUGGGAUGAGACAGCUGUCAGAACUCCAACUUCCCUUGAAAAUGACCGCCAGUUGAAUGGGUUGAGGCUCUAUUCUGCCAAAUACUACCGCAUAAUAUUAAUGGCGGUUUAGGUAUUUGGAGCCUGAUGGCUCACCUCCCUCUUAUCGAGCGCCAUCGUUCACCCCCGUCAACCAGCCUGUGCAAUCGGGCUGGGGAAAGAAUAGCGAUGCACUUUACGAUAUCCCUCAGGACGAUGAUCCAUUGCCUGUUUCUCAACUUCCCCAAAAACGAAAGCGGCAGUCAACGGUCUCUACUCGAAACAAAAGCGCGCCUGCGGUCCAUAUGAAGAAACCACGGCGUAAAGACGAUAGCCCGCUUUCAAAAAGAUUCGCAUAUAUACCUACACCCGACAAGCACAAUUUAUCACAGCCAUCCUUGCCGCAUGGUGCGAAGAAAUCUGCCUCGCGAAGAACGAACUCAGCUCUGUCAAAGCAGACCAAAGUUUUCCCCAACACAAGCAUCAGCAAACCAAAUGCACAACGACCAUAUGACGAGGCACAUCUCAAGAAGAGCACAGAAUUCACAAUAAAUGCACCUUCUACACUUGACAAGAUUGCUCAGGCUGGGCAUAUUGGGCUCGGGCAAACCACCCUGGAAAAACUGGCCGCGUUUAGGUUCAAAACACCUGCUGUCAAUGCGGAAUUGGACCAAGCUACCUUGGACCAGGCCAUGUCAUUGAACCGACCCACAGACACGGCGAAUUUAGAGACACACUUAUUUGCCCACGAGCAAAGUAUAAGGAAUGGAAAAAAUGACAAUUAUACUUUGCCAGCGCCCGAGGACGCUCUGUCGCCGGUCGAGCAUGAAGUAUACGCAGACGUGUCUCACCAAACACCUCAUGCACUUGCUACUUCGGGAGAGCCCGAAGAUGAUUUUGACGAUCUUUUUGCCGAAAGCGCCAAUUUCUCUUGCUCCACGGAAGCUCGAGCUUAUGUCAAAAAUUAUGGUAGUGUUAGCAACAGCAUUCCGCAGCAAGACCAUUCAGAAUCUUUCGAAGUCAGUUCCAGUAUCUACAGAGAUUCCGCUUUCGGUACUGAAAUGAACAAUUCAUCAAAUAUCAGGAGGCAUGAAGCUUCUUGCGAAGGUUGGGAUGAAGGUUUGGACGACGAAGAUUUCGCUCAGUUCAAUAUCGACGAUCUUGCCUUACCCAAUAUACUCCCAACUCCUCGUACGCUGCCUCACAAGGCCUCCGUCCAUUUUCCUGCUGAGCAUGGAAGCGAUGAUUUUGAUGACGGCGUUGCUGAUGACGAUUUGAUGGAAAUUAUGGCGGAACAUGAGAACGUCCAUAACUAUGCUCGACAUCAAGCGACCACAUCUCCUGACAACGGCGUCAAAUCAAGUGCUCGGUUCAAGAAUGCCUCCCGAUCCUCUUCGAGGCUGCAAAGCACCCAUGAUGAAUAUUUCAUGGAUGAUACAGAUGAAGCCGAACUGGCUAACCUGGCAGAACAAGAUAAUCCGGUAAUCGUCGAGACCCAUUCAUCCCCAAGCAACUGGACUGAAUCCGACGUGAGAUCCCGGGAUAGGGAAGUAUAUGAUGAGAAACUUACCUAUUCUUCUCCGUCGAUCAAGCACAGUGACAAUAUAAUUAACAGCAAUCAGCUACGAGUCCAGCCCAGCGUCGAGUCAUUAGCAGAGCCAGAAGACUGGUCCUUUCUCAAUCACAAUCCCGCUGUGCCAAAGAACAUUGAGUCCCUUCGCAAUAACGCUCCACAAACCGCACUCCCAAUGACCCCAGGGCCAUCUGGUCCCAGCUCAGCGAACGAUGACAGCCACGAGUAUAUCCCCCUCACACCUUUCGCGCGCUCUCCAUUUCCAGAAAAAGUCUCCAACUGUUCUGUCAUCCCAGGUCUCACAACUUGCACAAUACUUCGCACCUGCUUUCGCAUUGGGGAAUGCAUACGAGCGGGUUCCUUCUGCAACCGCCUUAACCAAGACGCCAUCAUUGAGCUUUUUUGCCGCGUAACCUUCUCAUCUCGAGAAGAUGGGACGCACAAGCAGAUUUUCCAGUUUGCGGAUGUUUUCCACAACAGCCCUCCUUUCGUGAAUGGUGUUUUGGCGAAUUACCUGGUAUCAGCGUUGCAGGAGAGAGAAAGUAGGGAGCUUUUGACGGGGAAUUGUGAAGAGCCCGGGAUGGUGAGAUGUUUGGGGAGGCUGAAGGCACAGGUGGGAGGAAACGGGUGGAUGUUGCAUGUGGACAACAUUCGCAAGUCUGACUGGGAGGAAGUGAGGUGGACAAGAAGAAUUGUGGGUGUUCAGGAGGCGAGGAAAGACCAGGAGUGAUUUGAGACCAAAAUUGUUAAAAUUGCUAGGUCGGUGACGGAUUGGAGGAUGAUUUUGCGCGAUUUUUGCUAUUUUGAACAAUUUGCUAUGGCAGGAGUCCAGACUAAUGUUCUUAGCUCAUACUAACUAUCAAAGCAGAUAUAGAGGAAGCAGGCUUGAAAAUUGGAGUUAUUUGCAGCGUAUAGCUUGCCAUGCGGCCCAGAGACAGAUUAGAUACAAGUGAUAGCAUAUAGAUAGCCUCAACAACUCAUAUCGUAUUCA